AUGGAUGUUUCUUCCACUUCCGAUGAUGAAAUAACCCUCUUGCACACUUGGGCCCUGACUGUCACUCAUGUGGCAUGUGAUUAUACGGAACAGAAAUUCAAUGCAGAGAAGACAGGAGGAGACCCAGUUAUACCUUCUCCAAACCUAGACACUGAUCUGGCAUAUAAAAAUCCCAUUCAGAUGCCGAUUGAUAUUGCAAGAUAUAGCAAAUUGAUCUCCCCAAAGGACACGGGGCGUAAUGAAGAGAGAGAGGAAAAGUUGCUCGAGAGGUGUCCUCCUGGCCAUGAGGGCACAAAGUUGAUCGACAUACCCGCGACAAUUCUUGAUGCAUCCGGUGCCAUCAUCGCAUGGUACCUCCCUGAUGCCUUGACCGAUGCCACCCAGAAUGAAAUUUGGGCAGCCUCGGAUUUGCUUGCUCCCAUGCUCGAACAAAGCAUAAAGCUUGAUGGGAUUUGGCGGACUAAUCAACAGUGGUUUACACCAAGCUCGGAAAAUGAUGUCCUAACUCCCGGAUGCGUUAAUUUAUCUCUGGCAUGGUUUCACCAGGGGCACGAGAAUCAGUCCGAUCCAGAGGUAUCUGCAUCAUUGAAGGGACCAUCCUCCAAGAACAUCCUCAAAGCCAUUGCGAGGCCAGCAGCCAUUGCCACAGCGGCACUCAGGGUGAUGCAUCCUGAGCAGUACUGGGCAGGGUUGCAAGCCUUUGCGAACCUCGGAGAAAAGGCACAAAGCAAGGAACUGCCGAAGAUGUCAGAGACUCUCCAGUACUGGGCAAUGGUUUUAACAGCCUCACUGUCAUAUGCAAUCGGGAAACCCCAAAUCAUCGAGACCCCUCAUCAAUUUCCGAAUGCUUCGAUAUUCUCACUAGCGUGGGGAAUUAUUCUAAUGCUUGGAUGA